AUGCCGCAGGGCGACCACAUCGAGCUGCACCGGAAGCGGUAUGGACGGCAGCUGGAUCAUGAGGAGCGCACGCGCAAAAAGGAGGCGCGCUCCGUGAAGAAGAGGGCGGCGUAUGCUCAGAAGGCCAUUGGCCUGAAGGGCAAGAUGUUCGCCAAGCAGCGGUACCAGGAGAAGGCGGUGAUGAAGAAGACCAUCGCAAUGCACGAGGAGAAGGACAAGAACCGGCGGGUCAAGGACGCGGACGAGGGUUCGGCCAUGCCGGCCUACCUGCUGGAGCGUGACCAGGUCGACAGGGCCAAGGUGCUGAGCAACACCAUCAAGCAGAAGCGGAAGGAGAAGGCCGGGAAGUGGGAGGUCCCCCUGCCCAAGGUCCGCCCCGUGGCCGAGGAGGAAAUGUUCAAGGUGCUCCGCACCGGCAAGCGGAAGAAGAAGGAGUGGAAGCGUAUGGUCACCAAGGUGACCUUUGUGCCACCCGGGUUCACGCGCAAGCCGCCCAAGUACGAGCGCUUCAUCCGGCCCACCGGUCUGCGCAUGAACAAGGCGCAUGUGACCCACCCCGAGCUGAAGGCCACCUUCCAGCUGGCCAUCAUCGGCAUCAAGAAGAACCCCAACGGCCAGGCGUACACGAGCCUGGGCGUGAUCACGCGCGGCACCAUCAUCGAGGUGAAUGUGUCGGAGCUGGGCCUGGUGACCCCUGGCGGCAAGGUGGUGUGGGGCAAGUACGCCCAGGUCACUAACAACCCCGAGAACGACGGCUGCAUCAACGCCGUCCUCCUCGUGUGA